AUGGGACGAGGAGGCCGUGGAAGUGGCCACCAGUCCUUCCGUCGACCGGUCGACCUCACAGGCAUUCUCUCCAUUGCGGAGAGGAAUGACCUGACGACCCUCGUGAAUGCCAUCACGGAGAAGAUGCACAACGACAUCAGCAACAUCUUCGAUUCCCCCACCAUCACGCCCGUUCUUGGAGAACAGGGCCAUCACCACUGGCACUCCCUUUCUCUCGUCCAAAAACGCGACGGCGACAAGGAAAACGAGCUUGCUGCCAUUCCGAGCGCCCCGCGCCUUCCGAAUGCUGCGGGAGAUGGCUCCAUGAUAUGCAGCGAUGCACACCAGAUCGGUAUAAAGGAAGAAAAGGAGGCCAUGGCGCCCCAGUUACGAGAGCUAAAGAAGGAAGCGCUCCUGUUCUUCCGCAAGUGGCAAAACGCUAUUAUUCAGAGAACUCGGGAACUCAGCAUCACAGAUCCUUCUGCUGCUGCUUCAAACCCCCCUCGUGGACGGGGUGCCCGUGGAGCUCGAGGAAGUUUUCGCGCUCGUAGUGCUCGCGGAGGUUCCAGGAACUAUCGUGCUAUGUUGACCUUGGCCACGGGCCCCCCCCGUUCUCCCACCAGCCAGAUGGAUCGUCAGCUCUCCAACAGGUACUCACCAAUUCCGAACACACUGUGGACUCUCCACGUGGACAAACGAAAACUUUUGUUGCACAUCGUCAUGCUUCUCGUCCUGUCGCUCCAGGAUUUCAACGCCAACGCACGAGUCUUUCUCCUUCACCUGACGUCAUCCCUUAAUCUCUCUCUGGCCGUGUAUCAUAUCGAAGAACUUCGCAUAUCCAAGGCGCUUGCCAAAGCGGCGCUCGAGUUCUGCCCUGUCGAUGAAGCUGGCCAGAAGAUGGAAGAGCAAAAGGGUCCCAAGCGAUGGAAAGUUGGGUCCGGCGGCUCUGGCCCGAACACCACGAUUUCCGGAUCCCUCAAAGCCGCAGGAAUCGGAGCGUUUGAUAAUGGCGUCAGCCUGUCCUGCAUUGCCGUCACCGGUUUGCUCGGCCCGAUGGCAGAUCAUGGCCAUCUGCUAGGCAACUUAUUUGGAAUCAACGCCGUGAGACCUACUAGUAAGAUGCUCGACACCUUCCUCAGGGACAUUUCGGAUUUCGCCUUUCUGCGCCUAGGCGGCGAGACUCAUUCCGAGUACCGCGACGCCAAGGAAAUGCCUGCCGAGAAUCGUAGGCUGCGGGUGGUCAUCGCCAUGGGCGGUUGCUUAUCCAGCAGCGAGGAUGUGACCAAGCCAUGGCGAUACCUUGGAAGCCAGACGGAAUCGUAUGCCGUCCAAUGGGACGUUGCAGCCCUCAUGAACUUGGGAAGUGCCCUCGAGACGGUCAUCAAGAGCACGGCUUGGGAGAGCGCCAAGCGGGAUAUCAAGUCGAGGUCAAUUUUUCGGAGCCUCGUCGAUUCCUCAUGGCCAGUCGCUUUACUCAAGGUCAGCAAAAUAAUCGACAAUCCUUGGAGCUGGGGGAUGGUGAGGGCCGAAAAAGCAGGCGCGCUUCUGGCCGAUUCCCUCGUCCGACACAAAUUCCAAGGCGAGCGCUCAGUCUCUCUCAUCGGAUACGGUCUUGCCGCCAGGUCCAUCUACACAUGCCUCAUGGUGCUGGCGGAGCGCCGUCAGUUUGGCUUGAUUGAUUCCGUCGUCAUGAUCGGCACGCCUGCGCCGUCGGAGAGCCGCGUGUGGCUCACGCUCAAAAGUGUCGUGACUGGCCGGCUCGUUAACGUGUACUCGGAGCAGGACUUCAUUCUCGGCUUCCUUUACCGGAUGUCCAACAUCCAUUUCGGCGUCGCCGGCCUGCAGGAGAUCCAAGGAGCCCAUGGGGUUGAGAAUCACCACGUCAAGCAACUGCCCCGCGGUCACUUGGACUACCAGAACUUGACGGGCCAGAUUCUCAGGGAUAUAGAAUGGGAUGGCCUCGAUAUGAACGCGAUCAGGGUUGACCAGGUCCAAUCCCAGAAAGCGGCAAGGCGAGGAAGAGGCAGAAAUCGCAAGUAA